GGGCGCCAGCACCUUGCCAUUGCUUCUUGGGAGAAGCAGGGGACCCUCCAUGUUUCUGAUGGUGUCUGUGUCUUUGUGAGGGAGAGAGAGACCCAGGCCAGAUAAACCUCUGGACCCAGCAGUGUCAAGAUCACGGAGAGAGAGGGGUCUGCUCCCUGGAGGCUUGUGUGCUGAAAUCGCAUAUUUUUUUGGGAUUUCCUGACCUGCAACUACAAUGGCGAGUAAUCCGUCGACGUUUGCGGCAAUCGGGGCGGAUGCCAUGACCGGCGGCUACUUCAUGGCGGGCGGUGGAGGCGGCGGCGGCGGCAUGAUGAGCGCCGAUGCGCCGCACUUCCACCCCAGCUUACUUAUUGAGCACGGCGGCUUCGGCUUCGGCGACGCGGCGGUCGGCGCCGCCGCGGCGCCGUCGGACCUGGGCGCGAACUACGCGGCAAACAACGCCAUGCUGGCCUCUUUCGCCAGCCAGCUCUUCGCUACCGCCGCCGCGCCGCCGCUGGAUGAUCACUUCGGCGGGAGGACGCCACCGGAGGAGAUGGGAGCGGGAUAUGGAGCUGGCAGCGGUGGAAGCUCGGCGGCGAACCUGCAGUGCCCCGGCCACUCGAGCGCCAUGGCGGUUUGGUCGUCGUCAUCGUCGUACAAGAAGCUGGCCGGCACUUGGAUCAGCGCCGGCGGGUCCAGUGCCGUCUCGGUCCACGAGCCGUACUACCUCGCCGCCGGAGUCCCCGACGUCGCCGGUUUCCACUAUCCGCUUAUCGCCGCCGCCGCCGCCGCCAAUGCGUCGGCGUCGAGCGAGUUGUCGCUGACCCUGUGCUCCAAGUCGUCCCCGGACAGCGCGCUCAAUGCCGCCAAGCAGUGCUCGUCGGGAGCGAGCCGCUCUGCGCUGACCGAGCUGCCGCAGGCGCGCCCCCGGCCGGCGCACUUCUCCGUGGUGGUGGCGCGCUCGCGGUACGCGGCCGUGGCGCAGGAGGUGCUCAACGACGUCGCCGGCCACCUGCUGGACGGCGUCGCGGACGCGGCCGCUGACUCGUGCAGCGGCGGCGCGAGGCCGGCGAGCGGCUCGGUCGGCGCGCCGUCCGUGGUGAGCUCCAACCGGCUCAUGGCCUCGUCCCAGGACGGCGGCGAGGCGCAGAGGGUCAGGAGCCACCUCCUCAAGAUGCUUCACCUGAUGGAUGAGAAAUACAACCAAUGCUUGGACGAGAUCCAGAGCACGACGGCCAAGUUCAACGCGCUGAUGCAACCGGGCGCCGCCGGCGUCGUCAGCAGCGGCAGCAUCCGCGCGGCGUUCGCGCACCGCGCCGUGUCGGCGGUGUACCGCGGCCUGAGGCAGCGGAUCGCCGGCGAGAUCAUCGCAGCGGCGAGCCGGGCCGUCGGCUGCUGGGGCGAGUCGUCGUCGUCGGUGACGGCCGCCAGCGACGCAGAGCGGAGCUGGGAGUCGGCGUUCAUCAGGAAGCACUGGGCGGCGCAGCAGCUGCGGCGCGGCGAGCAGCAGUGCUGGCGGCCGCAGCGCGGCCUGCCGGAGAAGUCCGUGGCCGUGCUCAAGGCGUGGAUGUUCGAGAACUUCCUGCACCCGUACCCGAAGGACCAUGAGAAGGACGUGCUGGCUUCAAGAAGCGGCCUCACCAGGAACCAGGUGUCGAACUGGUUCAUAAACGCCCGCGUCCGGCUGUGGAAGCCCAUGAUCGAGGAGAUGUACAAUGACCUGAAGAAGAGCUCGGGUGUUGGAGGGCAGGGGACGGCAAUGGAGCCUCACACGAGCAAGCGUCGAAUCUGCGAGGUAGAAGAAGGCCAGUGAACUCCCUGGCCUGCAUCAGGAGCUGCUCUUUCUAGCACCCAGCUCCUGCCAUGCUGCCGUUGCUCUAUUAUUGGCCCUUGUAAUUUCGUUCUGUUAUGUACAUAAAUAUCAUUGCCAAUGCCAGCAUUUCCAAAUAGAUCAUCAGAGUAUCCUGGUUAAUUCACUUGGACGAGAGACAGGGGAAUACUGCUGAAUGACUUGAGCGUGAAUACUGCCAAAUAGUUGGUCAUUCAGAAGGUGAUUUUAAGGGUUUGUUUGGCAGAGCUCCGGCUCCUUCAAAAACAGCUCCGGCUCCGGCUACUUUAGUGAAGCGGUUUUUUGGCUUUUUUGAUGGAGUUGAAGUCAUUUUAGAAAACGUUUGGCAAAACGGUUUCAUUUAUUUGAUUGAAGUUGUAAAAUGUCUAAACUAUCCUUCCCUAUAUUUUUACUUUUUCUUUUUUCUUUUUAUGUUUUCCUUUAUUUUUCUUUCUA